AUGUCCGCAGUGUGGACAAAUGUGGAGCCUCGAUCUGUGGCCGUGUUCCCAUGGCACUCACUAGUGCCCUUCCUGGCUCCCAGCCAACCAGAUUCCUCCGUGCAGCCCAGUGAAGGCCAGCAGCCUGUCAGUCAUCCGUCCACAUCCAAUCAGAACAAAGAACCCCCCGAAUCGGCUGCGGUGGCCCACGAACUCCCCGGGUUCUCUUCAGAGGCCGAGAGUGCAGGGAGGCCGACCCCCUCGCACCCUGACAGUCCCACUCCAGUUGCCCAACCUCCUACGGGGAUUCCAGCAGGAAGCGGAGUUCCGUCUCAGCACGAGGAUGACCUCCCAUUGCACCCGCGCCUGGACAGCGAGACGGAGAGCGACCAUGACGAUGCGUUCCUAUCCAUUUCAUCUUCUGAGAUCUCGAUCCCGCUACUGCCAGGCAAACGGCGCACCCAGUCCCUGAGCGCACUGCCGAAAGAGCGUGAUUCCUCUUCCGAGAAGGAUGGUCGCAGUCCAAACAAGAGAGAAAAGGAUCACAUUCGGCGGCCCAUGAAUGCUUUCAUGAUCUUCAGUAAGCGACACCGGGCCCUGGUGCACCAGCGGCACCCCAACCAAGACAACCGCACCGUCAGCAAGAUCCUGGGCGAGUGGUGGUACGCUCUGGGGCCCAAGGAGAAGCAGAAGUACCACGACUUGGCCUUCCAGGUGAAAGAAGCCCAUUUUAAAGCACACCCCGACUGGAAGUGGUGUAACAAAGAUCGGAAGAAGUCUAGUUCGGAUAUAAAAUCUGCUGGGCCAGGGGGUUGCCCCAAGGAGAUGCGUGAACGUAGCAUGUCAGAGACAGUUGCUUCUGAAAUGCUGUUGGGCCCAGACGUCAAGGCAGGUGUCAUGGGAUCUGGGCAUUGCCACGGGGAGCGAAUCCUGCCCUCAGCGUCUGAUGCCCAGCGUCCACGGGCCUUUUCCCACAGCGGUGUGCAUGGCAUGGACAGUGACCGGGACAACCAGGUGUUGCAAGAGCUUACACAGAUUUGCUCGGGACAGUCUCCGUAUGCCAGCGGGAAGGGUCAAUAUGGGGGGCUGGGCCCCUCAGGGUCCCCCUUCGCAACCCCAGGCGAGGGUCCCCGCCAUUCCCUGCACCCACAUUCCUCCCGUGCCUCUCGUUCUCAACGCACAACCAGUGAAGACAUGACCAGCGACGAGGAACGCAUGGUGAUCUGUGAGGAGGAAGGGGACGAUGACGUCAUUGCUGAAGACGGGUUCAAUCCGCCUGACGUCGACUUGAAGUGCAAAGAACGAGUGACGGACAGCGAUAGCGAAGGAUCGUUAGGGGAUGAACCUGACAGCAAGGACUUUGGACGGAAGCUCUUCGCCCCGGUGAUCCGGUCAGCAGCCCUGCCUCCUUCUUCUGCCGCCUUUGCCCCAUGUCGCCCACCACCUCCUCUGGACUUGGAGCCGCCCCCACCGCCCCCACCUCCCCCUCACAGUCACGAGGAGCAGCCCCCACCUAAACCUUACAGUUCCUUCCAGAUGUCCCCCAGCCCCUUCAAGACCCAAGAGCCGCACGGAGCUCUCCGUCCCCACAACCCCCCAGCCAAGCGGUUGGAGGCCCGCUUUGACCCAGCCGCUGCCCCCUACAGGCGGAAGAGAGUGGACAGCGCGGGCAGUUCCCAGGGCCCUCCUGAAGCCGGAACGGCUCCCCCCUCUAUCCCCGCCCAUUCCGUCAUCUCUUCGCCCAGUGGAGCGGUGCAGACUGUGGUGCUGCCGGAUUCGACCCGCUUGUCCACUGGCACCGUGCUGGUGACCGCCCCAUCUCUCAGCGCCCCAAACAUGGGGGUGAUCGGCUACAGCGGAUCGCCCAGCUUGGUCCGGAUGGCAUCCACCGUGGUCACCAACGUGGUCAAGCCGGUUAGCAGCACUCCUGUACCUAUCGCCAGCAAACCUUUCCUACGCGGAACGGGGGACCCGCUGCCGCUGGUCAGCCCCCCGCCUCCCGACGGCGGUGCGAAGCCCGAAGGGAUUUCUGUCAGCCGACUCGGCUUGCUCUACGCCGACAAAAAGACUCCACAGACCUCUGCCGUGGCUGGGAUCCAAGCCACCUCUCCUCACUUAGUAGCUGGGCCGCUUCUUGGCCAAGGCUUGGCUGCCGUAGGGAAGUGCCCCCCGGCCCAAGGAAGCGUCGUGACCAACCUCCUGGUAGGAACCCAAGGUUACAGCCAAGCCAGCGGUGCCGGAGGAGCUGGCGUCCCCGUGACUGUUUUGCCCCCUGGGGCCAUUGCCCAGCAGCCUUCUGUCCAGUUCAUCACUCAGAAUCCCACCGGACAGAACGGGCCGGUGCCCCUUAGCAUCCUGCAGCCGCAAGGUAUUUUUUCGGGCGCAGCAGGAAAGGCCGGGAGCAUCACUCAGGUUCAGUACAUCCUGCCUACGUUGCCUCAGCAACUUCAGGUAACCGGGGGGAAGAUUCCAGCAGCCACAGGUACUCCUGCAGCCGCCAGCAUUCACUUCACUCUGCCUCCCCCCAAUGGAAAAGUUAUCGCUGCCCCACAAGCCAUCCCCAUCAUCCAGCCCGCCCCAGGAAGCAACGGCAACAGCGUUACCGUCAUGUCCUCGGCACCCAAAGUCCAGUCCGUGUCCCCUGUGCAGGCGCCAUCUCCCAGCAAUUCAGCCCACCUUGUGUCUGGGCAGGUGAUGCCCCCCGCAGGGCUACAAGUGCAAGGCAAAGUCUUGGUGCCUAUGGCAGCCUCCCAGGUGACAGUAAGGACCACCUCAGCCGCCCAGCUGCCUCUGGUUACUCAACCUUUCUCUGUCCCAGUGCAAAAUGGAAGUCAGCCAGCCAGCAAGAUUAUCCAGCUCACUCCAGUGCCAGUUGUCCAGCCUCAGCCCCCUUCCCAGAGCAGCGCCACCUUGGUGCCCCCACUUAGCCCUGCUGCGCUCCAGGGCACCAUGGCCACGGCUGUCAUUGGUUCCCCGAGCCAGGCCCAGAAAGUCCUGUUGCCCUCCUCCUCCACCAGGAUCACCUAUGUGCAGUCAGCAGCAGGACAUGCUCUCUCCCUGGGCACCUCAACUUCUCAUUCUCAACCCAGCAUCCCCCCGGCUGCUCCUACCACCACCUACGUCCAGUCCCCAGUGGGGCCUGCCCCCAUGGCACUGGGUUUCACAGCUAUUGGCCCACUUCUCUCGGGUCAGAAUCCGGUGCUGGCUUCAGGACAAGUGGGGGUGUCCCCACUUCAGAGCCCUCAACUCCCAGUUUCCAGUGCUGGGCAAGGACAGGUCAUCACUGCCGUCUACCCCACCCCCACAGGGACCAGUCCUGUCCAGUCCGCCAGUCACAGUGUGGUCUAUUCAGUGGCUGCCACGGGCACUACCACGGUCUCCUCUCCCACAGCCAUCCUGCCCAAGGGGGGCAGCGCCAGUCAGAGCACUGGGAGUUCCAACCACAGCCUGAUUUCCACAGCUGCACAAGUGAUUCCUUCGACGGCCACUCGGCCUCAGCGCCCACCCCUCAAGCCUCCCCAGAAAGUCAAGGCCACCAUUGCUAACAUCCCCGUUGGUUCUUACGAAGCCGUCUCUUCACCAGGCCCCGUCCGGCCUCCUGCGGGGCAGCACCAGGAUUCUGGAGGAGCGCGAUACCACCGGGAGACCGAAGCCUUGGAACGGCCCUCACGCGAGGCAGGGCCCCAGGACACCCCCUCUUCCCCUGCCUGCCAGGGGGCCGAAAAGAGCCCCGCCAAAGCUCAGGAGUUGAAGCGAGACUGCUGGGAGCCAAUAUCGCCCCCGGCAUCCCAGCCGCCGCAAGUAACGGAGACCCCGGCCGCAGAAGCCACCUGGAGCCAGCGGGAGACGGCAGCGGGGUCCACUGAAGAGGGUGCUGCCCGUGAGCCUCCACCGCCCUCUCUGUUGGGCAGCAAAGGGACUGAAACGGCCCCGAAAUUCCCCGGCUCCCCUGACUGGAGAUCAGCUGGUCCAGAGGCUCGUCCUGAGGCUUCGGCUUCAUCUUCAGCUCCCCCUUCCUCCUCUUCGCUGAGCCCGAUCCCGUCCAACGCCGGAGAGGGCUCCCAAAGCGGCGCUUCGGCUCCCCCUCCAACAGCAGCCCCUCCAACAGACAGCCUUGAAGCAAAGGAGGCUCCAGGUGGGAAGAAAAUGAAGGUCCGGCCUCCCCCCCUGAAGAAAACCUUCGAUUCGGUCGACAACAGGGUUCUCUCAGAAGUGGAUUUUGAGGAGCGCUUUGCCGAGUUGCCCGAGUUCAAGCCGGAAGAGGUCUUGCCUUCACCUACACUGCAGUCCCUUGCCACCUCUCCGCGGGCCAUUCUGGGCAGCUACCGCAAGAAGCGCAAGAAUUCCACCGACCUGGACUCCUCCACGGAAGACCCCAUCUCCCCCAAACGGAAGAUGCGGCGUCGUUCCAGCUGCAGCUCGGAGCCCAACACUCCCAAGAGCGCCAAGUGUGAAGGAGACAUCUUUACUUUUGACAAAACAGGCACCGACACGGAUGACGUACUUGGGGAACUGGAGUAUGAGAAGGUGCCCUACUCUUCACUCCGACGUACCCUGGAUCAGAGGCGGGCUUUAGUCAUGCAGCUCUUCCAGGACCACGGCUUCUUCCCUUCAGUGCAGUAG